AUGUCAACUUUGGCCAACCCUCCAAGUAUCUUGAAAAAUUACAACUUGAACCAAGAUGAAAUCUUUGAAGAUUUAAAAUUCAACAAAAAUACUAAUCAACUUCUCUCAUCUCCAUCAAGAAAAUCAAUCUUAAAUGAUAAAUACAAAAAUUCUUUAAAUAGACCUUCUUCCCCAAAAAAGGCUUCCUUCAAAUCUGUCAAUUUUAAUAAUAAUCCAUCAACCGCCGAUACAAUUUCAAUUAAAAUUAAUAAUAAUUUCCUCAACACUACUAAUAACACUAAUAAUUCUAAUAAUUCAAAUAACAAUUCACUCAAUGAUAUUAAUCAGCCUUUAAAACUAAAAUUAAACACUAAAUCAAAAAAUAUCCAUAACAUUAAUCAUACUCAUAACAACAGCAACAACAGCAACAACAGCAACAACAACAAUAAUAAUAAUCGCAAAAUAUCACCAAAUUAUGAAAACAUCCAUUAUCAACAAAAAAAGAAUAUCUUCAAUCUCAAAAAUAUAAACUCAAAACUAAACAAUAAACUAUCAAAUAAAAAAAUCAACAACAACAACAACAAAAAUAAAAAUAAAAAUAAAAAUAACAACAACAACAACAACGAGCUUGACUACAAUGAUGAUCAGAUUCCAAACGAUUUCGUCUGUUUUAAUGUUCCAAUAUCCCAAUCUUCCUAUAAACUAUUAAAUAACGAUACGUUUAUAAAUUCCUCCAACUCAAAUCUAUUAAGAAAUGAUUCAAUCAACUCAAAUAACUCUCUAAAAACAAUACAAAGCAACUCAACAACAACCCUCUCCAAUCAACACUCAACCACAUCGUCAAAUGCACCGUCAAACACAUUAUCAACUUUAACCUCAACCAAAAUCAAAAAUUUAAACAAUUCUUCAUCUCCUACUGAAAACUCAAACUCAAACUUAAACACCUUGAAAUUACUAGAAAACAAAAAACUACUACUAAAUUCCUCAAUCUACAAUAACAUAUCCUCUUUCAACAACCUAUCAAGCGAUGCCAAAGACCUAACUAUAGAAUUUAACUCAAACAUCAACUUUAUAAUAAACAACGAAAUCUACCAAGGUGAAUUCAACAAUAUAAAUCUAUCAAAUUUUAUAUCCUCUCUAAACAAUAACUCAAAUUUCAAAUUACUUAAAUUCUGGAUCAACUUUAUCAUAAAUUCUUUCAACUCAUCCAUACUAUUGUCUAAAAAUGGCUCUUAUUUACCAACAACUACUGACUCAAAAUACUUCAAAAAUUCAAGCUCAACUUCAAACUUAAAUUCAAACCUAAACCAUCCACAAAACCUAAACUCAAACCUAAAUCUCAUCUCGUCUAAAAACAAGAAAAACAAUAUCAUCUCAAUCUAUAAACAUAAACACAUCAAUCUCAACUCUUUAUUAAAUUUAGAUUUAUUUUUACAAUUUUUCAUCAAUAAUGAAAUUUCUCAUUUAAAUAUCUCAAAAAAUUACUCAAAUUCAAAUUCGAUUUCAAAUUCAAAUUCAACAAACAAUGAUAAUUCAAAUUUUUUAGCCAAUUUCAAAAUUAAUUUACUAGUCUUGCUAAACGAGUUUUCGAAAAAACAACAAUCAUUUAUACUAUCAAAUAUAAAGAAAAACCAUUCUCAAUCUACAAAAAACCAUUCCAAUGACAAACUUAAAAUCGAUAAUCACUUAAAAGUCCCUUAUAGCCAUUCAUCAAAUAACCUAUACAAUACAAAUGAUGAUGUUCUACAAAAACCAUAUAAACUAAUGAAAAACAACAGCCACUAUUCUUGUAACUAUUCUUCAUCCUCAAAAUAUAACUUUGACGAUUACUUGCUUAAUGAAUCACUGGAUUCUUCAUUAUAUCUAAAAAAGAGAUACUCAUUGCCUGUAUCAUUCAAAUCAAUUAAUGAUUCCUCAUCUUUAAAGAGUUUAAACUCGGAUUUAAGUAAUAAAAUCAAUUCAUCAAAUCCAAGCUCACUGAAUGAUUCAAGUCUAUACAAUCUGAAUUCAAUUCCUCCCUCUCCUUUUUCUUCCACAUUUUCAUUAUCAAGUAAUUCUUCCAUAUCUGAAAAUUCAUCAAUUGGAAAUCAUCUCAAUACUAGUAUGGUCAGUGAAACCAGUAAUUUUAGUAAAUCUAGCUUUAACAAUAAUAGUUAUAGUCAUAGCAAUGAAAGCUUUUCCAAUUAUAAUGAAUCUAGUGAUAACUUGACACAUAAUGAAGUCGAUAAUAACAAUGAUAACAACCUCAAAAAGAAUAAUAGAAGACCAUCAAUUGUAUCGAUUGCUUCAUCCAUUUCAUCGUUUUUUUCAAAUUAUAACAAUAACGCUGAUAGCAAGAACAAAUUGAUAAAAUUUAGCAACAAAGAGUUUCCAAAUUGGUGGAAUGGUUUAUCUACAACAAACUUGCCUUUGAUAUCGCUAUCAUCUAAUUCUUCAUCAUAUUUUGUUAUGAAGGAUUCGAAUGUCAAUUUUCGUGGGAUUAUUUGGUAUUUGACAAAUAUAUCAACCAAAUUUAAUGUUGAUUUGAAAACAUAUAAAAGUAUUUGUUUGAAUUUUAAAUACUUCAAUGAGGGAAAUAAAUGCAAUAAAGAUGAGAACAAGAUUAUUUUUCUUAUCAAGAAGUUAGAUGGGCUUGAUAAUCUUGAAAACGCAAUUGAAUAUUAUGAAAAUUUGAAACAAAAGAAUAAUGAUGGAGAGCAAAAUAUUAAUACCAAACUAAAUUAUUUAUACUCAAAGAUGGAUAAAAUAACAUACGAAAUCGAAGAAUUUAUACAUGAAGAGGACAAUGAGUUUUUCAUGAAAAAUGAGAAAGCAUUAAAACUAAUCAACCAAGAAUUCAAUAAUAUUAACAAAAUUGUUAAUAAAAAAGUUAAAAUCAAUAAAAAUGAAAAUGAAAUAAAAGAACAAAUAGUUUAUAACAAGUAUAAAUUAUUUAAAAUGUUAAUUAAUUUUGAUAAUUUUAAUAAUUUGAAAGAGAGUUGCUACAGCUAUAAAGAUUAUAAAAUUAAUUAUAACCCUAACAAAUUAAUAAUACUAUAUUUAAUAUUCCAAAACUUAAACUAUGAUGAAUAUAAGAGUUUUAAUAUUUUCUUAAAAGUAUUCAGUAAAGACUAUUUCUUGAGCGAAUUGUUAACAAAUAAUGAAUACUUCAAUGGAGGUGGAUUUGAAGAUAAAUUUAAUAACAAAAUGGAGAAAUUUGCCAAUAGAUUUACUAGACUAGUCUCUAAGAACCUAAAAACUGUCUAUAAUGAAUUGGUGAAUGAAUUGAAUUUUAGCAAUAAAGAAUUUGUUAGAUUGAUUGAAAUAUUAAUAAAGCAGAAAUUUUUAAAGAUCUUUGAAAAAGAAAAAGAACAAAAACAAGAGGCAAAUAAUGGCAAUGAUAAUGAACAGGAUAAUGAGCAUAUUGAACAAGUUCAGAGUCACAAAAUCGAAAUGAUCGAAAGGCUUUUCGACAUGUAUUUGAUCGAGAAAAACGACAACUUGAUCGGCUACUUCUUGGUCGAAGUUUUGAAGAUGUACUUCAAAACAGACAGGCAAGGCGUCAAGGGCAAUGGUCGAAAGCCAGCUGGAGGAACACCCCAACACGACAACAGCUACUGGGAAAAACUCAUUGCAGAACACUUGAAGAACGACAGGGAAGAUCACUUAAAUAAUAAUAUCAACCAUGAAAAAACAACUGAUCAUUCAGAUAUCAUUAUUCCAAAGCCUUUUCUAUCUCCUAUAAUAACAAACUUCAAAAACAACGACACUACAAAUACCAAACACAAUAAAAACUCUCAUUCAAGAAGUUUUUCAAAUGUUUCUUUACAAUCGACUAAUACAAUUUAUUAUUCUCCUUCAAAUUCUCCAAAAGAUUUAUCUCCCUAUUAUUAUGACCAUUUAACCAAUAAAUUUUACAAUAAUCAAUACAUUCAUUUCCCCAAUAAUAAUAAUAACAAUAAUGAUAAUAACAAUAACAAUAACAAUAACAAUAACAAUAACAAUAAUAAUAAUAAUUACAUUAAUGAUGAAAAAUCAUUACAAAAUAGUUCCAUACAUUUCAAUUUUAAAAAAAACCAUAAUCUGGUAAAGAAAUUAAAGAAAUCCAAUAAAUCUAAACUAUUCUAUUUAAUAUUAUUGUAUUUUUCUAUUUUCUCUCUCCUAUUUUUUUUGUUUCUAUCUAACAAAAACAUCAACUAUAAUAACAAUACCAUUACUGACAACAACAAUCACGAUAAUGAUGACAAAGAUUAUUUAAUCAAUUUUCCCAAAACAAAUCAUUUCGACCAAUCUUAUUACACUGACAACAUCAAUAGACUAAAACUACAAAAUUAUCAAAAUUAUCUAUCUAAUUUAAAACUCCAACUCAACGAUCAAAAUAACUUGAAAAUCAAAAUUCAACAACAAAUUAAUUCCAUCAGAAAGAACAACAAUAACAAUAACAAUAACAAUAACAAUUCGAAUCGAGAUUCUGAUUUAAAUUUGCCUCUUGAUAUUAACCAUGAGUUGGAAAAUUUUAAAAAUCUAUUAAGAUUUCUAAAAUUGUCUUUCAAGAACUUAUUCAUCAACUUGGUUGAUAUAUUAAAUAACCAUUUAAAUAUCAAAUAUAUUGCCGCCCCUUCUAAUAAUAAUAACAAUAAUGAAAUUACCGAUAAUAAUGAUCUAAAUUUAAAUAAAACCCAAAAUUCAAAAUUCACUUCUCUUUUCACCUCUAUUUUUAAUUUAAACCUUCCAAAACUAAAAUUAAAAUCAAAUUUUCAAUCAAAACUAAAUCUAAAUUUCUUAUCAACUAUUAUCAACAACAAUAACAACAACAUCAAUAAUAAAAAUAAAAACAAUGACAACCCAAAUAUGAACAUCAAAAGCUUUAUAAAUCAUGACAAUGACGAUGAAGAACAAGAUGAAUUUCAAAUUAAAUUGAAAACUGAAAAGAGCAUCCAAAUUUUGUCAAAAUCUUUCCUAAUCGAAGACUUUGCAACUCCAAGAUUCAAUAUUAAUAAGGAUUCCAAAAAUAAUAAUAAUAACAAUGAUAAUAAUAACAAUGACAAUAAUAACAAUAAUAACAACGAUAACAAUAACAAUAAUGUCGAUUUAAAUAAUCUUCAUUUAGGUUCUCCUAUAAUUGCAAAAAGAGCUGAUGAAGACUUAAAUUCAACAUCCAUAUCCUCUAGUUCUCCCUCUUCUACUAUUAUAGAUACUGACUCUUCAGUUUCUUCAACCUCAACUACUCCCAGCGCUUCAAGUACUUCAGGUACCUCAAGUGCUUCAAGCAACUCUCGAGCACUUUCGUCAACCACAACUACUUCUUCCACAUCAGAUGAAGAAAGCUCUCUGACUUCUCUGACCUCUCGUGCUAUAUCUGUUUCAUCAACAUCCUCCACAUCUUCUACAUCUUCUACAUCUUCUAAUAGUGAAGAAUCAACAUCCUCUGCAUCUUCUACAUCCUCCACAUCUUCUAAUACUGAAGAAUCAACAUCUUCUACAUCUUCCACUUCUAGAUCUAAUACAAUAACCUCAUCAUCAUCCAGUGAUGAAUCAUCUACUGAAGAAUCAUCUUCUCGACUGGAAUCAUCAUCAACUUCUUCUAGUUCCAGAAGUUCGAUAACCAUCACCGAUUCUUCCUCCUCUUCCUCUUCAUCAUCAUCGUCACUUGCAUCCCCAUCUCCUUCAUUUCUGAGUAGUUCAAGUACUAGCUCUGAAUCAAGUUCACAGUCAAGCUCCGAAUCAAGCUCUGAAUCAAUAUCAUAUUCAAUCUCUUCAUCAACGACAAUUAGUAGAACUACUGUUGUUACUACAAUCGUUUCAACACCAUCGGAUAUUAUUGAAGGUUUGACAACUGUUAAUAAUCGAGAUCAAACUAUUAUUAUUAACGUUUCAACCACUCAAACAAUUGAAAAUUUAACAAGAACUUCAACAUAUGUUACUUCAACAACCGUUGUAGCAACAUACUCUGUCGAAGAGAACAAUUCUGUUACUUCAGAUGGUGGUCUAUCUUCUAAAAACAAAAAAAUUGUUAUUGGCUGUGUUGUUGGUAUAAUUGGCUUCUUCUUACUUUUAUCAACUUUCUUCUUUAUUUGGUUCAAGUACUAUAAAUCUAAAAAAGAAGUUAGAUAUGUUAACUCUGAGGGUUUAUGGGUUUCUAAAAAUGGUAAUCCAGAUGACGAAUUAAAUAAUCAAGCAGUUGCUCGUGCAAGCGAAAAAAAAUCGAAUGAAACAAAAAGAAAUUCAAAACUCGCUCCAUGGAAUUGGAGAAAAUCCAGAAAUUCAGAAAACUUAAACGCAGAUGAAAACAUACGUCUCCAACAUGAUAAUAAUCUGGAAGACUUUAAUUUUAUAAAUAACGAUGUUGAUUCUGACAGAUAUAAUGGAGAUCUUAAUAGGGCAAGACCAUCAACAAUUAAUCAAGCUAUAAAUUUUUAG